AUGGCUGCUGCAAUCCCUCCCGGAGGCACCCUCCUCGACACCUUCAAGAAGUCCUUCGUCGAUGUCCCUAUCGAUGCUGAAAAGGACAAUGCCAUCUCCACCGCCGAGUUCCUAGAGGCUGCCGAGUCUCUGACCACCAUGUUCGAUGUCCUUGGUUCCGUCGCCUUUUCCCCCGUCAAGUCCGACAUGCUCGGCAACGUCAAGAAGCUCCGUGACCGCUUCCUGGCUGCCCCCCUGGAGUCUGAGACCAUCCAGAGCCUCUGCCUCAACGAGCUCAAGACCAAGAAGCACACCGCCACCGAGGGUCUCCUGUGGCUGACCCGCGGUCUCGAGUUCACUUGCCUCGCCCUCAGCCAGAACGUCUCCAAGCCUACCGAGGAGCUCUCCGACUCCUUCCGCAGUGCCUACGGCGUCACCCUCAAGCCCCACCACGGCUUCCUGAUCAAGCCCGUCUUCAGCGCUGCCAUGAGCGCCUGCCCGUACCGCAAGGACUUCUACUCGAAGCUCGGUUCCGACCAGGAGAAGGUCGCUGCUGAGCUGAGGACCUACACCGCCGCCCUCGACAAGAUCGUUGCCAUUCUGAAGGGCUUCCUGGAGCGCAAGGAGGCCAAGUGGUAA